AAGUCAACAUGGCGUGCUUUUAUAGAAUAGGUUUGUAUCUGGGAAUGAUUAGUUUAAAUGUACCUGGAUCGCAUCAGCAAUCACCCAGCUCUCUUUUCCUGGUCUCGGUACCAGAACAGAUUCAUGCUGGGAUGCCUACGUCACUGGCAGUGACCAUCAUAGCAGAUUUCAGUGUCCGUGUCACAGCUGAGGUUGUGGAAGGCAAUGUCAAAAUGGAGAAGUCUGAGGAAUUUACUAAAGAUGUGACAGGAUUGCUUACGCUUCCUCCAAUUUAUGACUCAAAUCUUAAGAGUUCUUCUGUCACGCUGACUGUGAGGGGCUACAAAGGUGAUGAGGUUAUUUUUACCAACACCACAACUAUAGCAUUCAACCCUAGAAAUGUCACAACAUUCAUUCAGACAGACAGACCACGCUACCCUCCAGGGGACCGUAUGAGGGUCAGGGUGGCGUCAGUUGACUUGAAUAAUUAUCCCUACCAUGGCAAAGUGGAGCUCUCUAUAAAUAAUCCCAAUGGAAAUACUAUGGACAGGUUUCAGUCCAGUGGGAAUAAUGGGAUCCUGUUGCGGGAUUUCAUUCUACCCCAGACAGCUCCACUCGGACAGUGGACAGUCGUAGCAACAAUCAAUGGGCUGACAGAUGUAACAACAUUUUUUGUGGAACAUUUUGAGAAUCCUGUUUUUGACAUUUUGAUCAACACACCCUCUCAUGUUCUAAGUCAUGAGGAUAUUUUGGGAUCUGUGAGGGCCCUUUACUCCAGUGGGCAGCCUGUGCAUGGGAUAGUAAAGGUUACGCUCACACUUGUACCCACUACUGAUGAUGACUCUACCUUCACUUUGACUCGAACCAAAGAGAUUUAUGGGUCUGCACAGUUUCAUUUCAGUAAGGAUGAUCUGCACCCGUUAAUUGCAAAGAUACAAAGAGACAAAGAUGUUAUGGUCUCUGUCCAUGCUGCUGUUACUAGCAACUCCACAGGCAACAAAGGAAUUGAAGUGACCAAACAAGUUACAGUUCAAAUUUCCAAGGAGAUAUAUCGCCUAACAUUACAUGACUAUUCUCAAGCACUGAAGCCGGGAAUGCCGUUCUUUGCAAAGCUCAAGAUAUCUCGCUUUGACCAGCAGUCCUUGAGCUCUGUGGAUAUGCGUGAGUCUGCAUUGAUUGAAAUAACUCAGAGAACCUCAUCAGACGCUGGUGAACCCACAUCUCUCUCACAUCCGGUGCCUAAAGACGGGAUUGUCCGCCUGGGCUUCAGAUUACAGGCUGAAGUAGAGGCGCUUUUUAUCCAGGCAAGAUUCCAGUCCAGCAUUGUAGCUCUAAAUCUCUCUAAAACUCACCCAUCUCCAAGUGCCUCCUAUAUCCAGAUCUAUCCAAUAAAUUCCACACAGAUAGGAUCACCUGUUCAGAUAACCUUGGAGAGCUCAGUCCAGCUCAAACUGCUUCACUAUGUGGUGAAGUCCAGGGGGCAGGUUGUGGCUGCUGGGACAAAGGAGUUUGGUUCUUUCUCUCUGACUCCCACAGCAGCCUGGGCCCCUCAGGCCUGUGUGACCAUCUACUAUGUUCUUGCUAAUGGAGAGAUCCUGAGUGACACUGCAGAUAUUCUGGUCAAACAACAACAGAUCUCUCUCAGCUGGAGCAGUAACAUGGCCCAGCCGGGGGAGCAGAUGACCCUCAGUGUCACUGGGCCUGAGAGUGGCUCUGUGGUGGGCAUUGUCAUCAUGCGCACGCACGACUCCACUCCAGAGGUUUCCACACACUUUGAAGUGGAACAGGAAUGUUUUGUUCAAAUGUUGACAAAUGGCAAAUUGUAUAAAACAAGAUCAUUCGAUGGAUCUACUCAAGAUAUGAUUGAGAAAUAUUGGUACCACUUUAUGGAUGGAGCUGAAUCUCUGCUGUGGUUAGAUGCAACAAUGAGUGAUACUACAUGGACGAGUGAGAAAAUAACAGUGCCAGAUGGUGUGAACUCCCUCAGAGCUGCAGCUUUCGUCAUGUCCCAACGACACGGACUGGGCUUCACAUCACAGAAACUGUCUAUUACCAAAGACUUCUCUCUGUCUCUCAAUGUGCCUCCAUAUCUUAUUAGAGGAGAGGAGAUUGUACUGGAGGUCAACAUCGUCAACCAUCUGCACAGGGACCUUGAGGUCAUCUUACUGCUGGCGGAAAGUGAUGCGUUUGAGUUUGUCAUGGCAGAACGUGGGAGUCUCUCAGUUGUGAAUGCUCAAAAGCUGACAUUAGGAAGCCACGUCUCUGCUAAAGCCAUGUUUCCUGUCAAAGUGACCGCUUUAGGAGAGGUGGACAUUUCAGUGGAUGCUGUAUCUGCAGAUGCAUCAGAAAGUCUGGUUUGGACUGUCUUUGUGAAGCCUGAGGGAGUUGAAGAAUCAGUUUCGGAGAAUAUUUUUUUGGAGCUGCCACCUUCUAUGAACACUUUCUCCAGGUCUACUGCCUUUACUUUUCCAGCAGGAGUGAUCUCAGACAGCUGCAAGGCCUAUCUGGCUAUAGGAGGGGACUUACUGGCCUUGUCUUUUCACCAGUUGGACUCCCUAGUAGACCUGCCUCUUGGUUGUGGAGAGCAAAACAUGGUCCACUUCGCUCCCAGUAUUUAUGUUUUGCGAUAUUUGAUGAUGUCUGAUCAGGAUGAUGCCGAGAUCAGGAGCAGGGCUAUGAAGCAUUUAGAAGAAGGAUAUCAGCGGCAGUUGGCAUACCAGCGAAGUGAUGGCUCCUUUGGGGCUUUUGGAGCUAGUGACAGUUCUGGCAGUACAUGGCUGACAGCAUUUGUGGUGAAGUGCUUCCAGCUGGCCCAGACCUAUAUCACAGUGGACCAGAAUGUUCUGACCAGAGCCAGAGAUUGGAUGCUUAAACAACAGGGAGCGGAGGGAGUAUUCAGAGAGGUGGGAACAGCCAUGCACACAGAGAUGCAGGCUGGACUGGACGAUGGUCCUGUGGCACUCACUGCAUACGUUCUGAUAACUCUACUGGAAGAUCCGGUCACUGUUGGAAGAUACGCUGACCAGAUUUUGCUGGCUCAAAGCUACCUGGAGAACAAAAUAUCCACAGAGGUUGUCAGUAACUAUAGUCUUUCUCUCACUGCAUAUGCCUUAUCCAUUGCCAACAGUCCAAAGGUGUCUAUGGCUUUGGAAGAGCUCAGUAAGAGGGCGGACAAUCAAGAUGGAAGCAUGAUAUGGAUGUCCUCUGGUGGCACUCGGUCACAUGAGCAGUCUCACUCAGUUCAGAUUGAAAUCGCUGCAUACGUUCUUCUGGCAUAUUUGAAUAGUGGGGACAUUGUGAAGGCAAUUCCUGUCAUGAAAUGGCUCUGCAACCAAAGGAACCAUCUUGGAGGGUUUUUUAGCACACAGGACACAAUGAUAGCUCUCCAGGCUUUGGCACAUUUUGCUGCUUUCAGUGGAGCCAUUGCUAUUGACCUCAGUCUUAAGAUAACAGACCCGACCACCACAUUUUCUUCCAUUUUUCAUAUUAACAUAACCAACUACCGCAUGUACCAAAGCCAAGAGAUUGAUGUUAAUGACGAUCUAAAACUUGACAUAUACAUGGAAGGAAGAGGAUUUGCUACAUUUCAGAUGAAUAUUUUCUACAAUAUGGACAGCAAAACUUUUUCGGAAAACCUCCAGAACAUCAUGAACGAGGAGGCCUUCUUAUUAAAUGUGGAUGUUUACACUCAAGGAAAUGAGUACAACCGAUUGCAGUUAUCUGUUUGUAUGAGACUCAAGGACACUGAGAAGAUUUCCAAGACAGGGAUGGCCAUUCUGGAUGUGGGCAUGCUCAGUGGAUUCACCAUUUCCCCUGGAGCCACUACACCAACAGACCUGAUCCCCAAGACGGAGACGUUAUCUGACAAAGUCAUCCUUUAUUUUCACACUCUUAACACUACAGAGGUCUGCAUCACACUUCCCCUCAUUAGGAUUUACAAGGUGGCUCAAAUACAAGAUGCAGUAGUGCGUGUUUAUGAUUACUAUGAACCAACGAGAAAAGCCACCAGGACAUACAAUCUGGAUAACCUGAGGACCUUGGACUCCUGUGUGUUCUGUGGUGAGGACUGUGAGCUGUGCAAGCCUGGAGUCUCUAUCAUUGUGUCUGGUAUAACGUCCCAUUCUGUAAUUAGCACCACCAACAGUUUGAUGUGUCUACUUUUAACUGCUAUUUGUAUGACUGGCUGAUUGGUAUCUAGAUGGUUUAUACAAAGAAAAUGGGUAUUUUUGUGCAAUG